AUGGAACAAGCUUCAGACCCUGAUGUUGGAGAUGAGGGUCGGCUGACCUACAAUCUGACAGGAGGCACUUCUUACUUUGACGUGGACCCGUCCUCAGGUCUGCUGUAUGUGGUCUCAGCAACAGGUCUGGCUGGGCAGACAGCUGAAGUGGAGGUGAAGGUCACUGACUCUCAAGACCUUUCUGCUACAACCAAAGUGGAGGUAACAGUUCAGGAAAGUGCGAGCAGCAGCGACACUGUGACCAUCUCACUCAAUCAGCCUGCUAAUAUUGUGGAGAAAAAAGUUAAAGAUUUAGAGAAGGCUUUGGGCAAAGCUCUGGGCUGGACUGUGAACGUCAUUCAGGUGUCCAGCGCUAACGAUGGAUCCACUGAGACCCGAAACCUCAGAGAGUCUGCGAGGACUUUGGUCAGAUUCUUCGCUGUAGAUGGAGGGCAGGUUGUUUCCGCUGAAGAAAUCAUAAAGAAACUGCAGAGCCAAUCGGAUGCCGUGAAAGCAGAGCUGACUCAGGUGUUUGAAGACGAGCUUGAUUUUGAUGUUGUGACGGUUGAGCCUCAAGUCUCCACCUCCAACCAGGCAGUGGUCAUUGCUCUGGGUGUUUUGCUGGGCCUGAGCAUCCUGGGAUUGAUUGUUGCUGUUGCUUUGUUCAUCAGGUUCAAGAGGAAGGGAAAAGAUCGGGAGGAGCUGCUGGACGCUGAUGAGAUUGUGUUACAGAAAAAAGCAGAGGACCAGCAACAGAAGAUGGACAGUGAGAACACUCUGCGUCUUUAAUGCUGACAGCGUUAAAUGGAACGCUGAACUCUUUUCUGAUUUAAACACAGCAGCUGUGUGGA